AUGGAACAAGGGAACAUUAAGCCCGAUGAGUACAUCUAUAGCAUUGCUAUACAUGCCUUAUGCAACGAUAGAAUGGUAGAUGCUGCAAUUAAUCUUUUGAAUGAGAUGAAACAAAAAGGCAUCACUGUGGACAUUGUCACGUAUAAUUCAUUGAUUGAUGGGCGUUGUAAGUUUGGACAGUGGGAAAAGGUUAGGACUUUGCUCUCUGAAAUAGUAAAUUCGAAUAUUUAUCCAAAUGUGCGCACCUUGACCAUAGUGACAGAUGGACUAUGCAAAGAGGGAAAAGUCGAAGAUGCUGAGGAGGUAAUGAGACACAUGAUUGAAAAAGGUGUAGAGCCAAAUACAGUCACCUACAAUGUUAUAAUCGACGGAUAUUGCUUGCGCGGACAAAUGGAUAGAGCAAGGAGAAUUUUUGAUUCGAUGAUAGAUAAGAGCAUUAAGCCUGACAUUAGAGAAGAUACUGAUAUUGAAUUUUACAAUGUUGUAAUUAACGGAUUGUGUAAAAAUGGUCAGCUCGACAAAGCUCGUGCUAUUUUUGAGAAGCUUUCCUUAAUUGGAUUGUUUCCCGAUGUGAUAACAUACAAUACAAUUAUAAAUGGAUUUUGUCUAGAAGGAUUGUUAGAUGAAGCUAAAAAUAUGCUAAGAAAAAUGGAGGAGAAUGGUUGUUCGCCAAACAAUGGCACCUACAAUGUUAUUGUGCGAGGAUUUCUGAAGUUCAGCAAAAUAAGUGAAAUGACAACUUUUUUGAAGGAAAUGACCGAAAGGGACUUCUCAUUUGAUGCAAGUACUGUAGAGUUACUAAUAGAUGUUAUAGCGAAGGAUCCUUCUUUGCUUAACAUGAUACCACAGUUUCCCUUGGGAAAUAAGAAGUGA